AACACUUCCAACUGACUUUCGCCAUGGCGCCUAUCUCAGAGGAGAGAAAAGCAAAGCGGAAAGCGCGAAGACGAGUUAAGAGAAGAGAAGUUGCUGUGGAAAGAGAGAUGCAGCUCCAGGCCGAACUGGAAAAUGCGCAGGCGAAGCUUGCGGAGAAGGAGAAGGAGCUAGAGGACAGCCGGCUGGCCAUCAUGCUCAAGGAAAGAGAGAUUGACAACAUGAGGUUCACCUUGGCCAUUCAACCGUUCAUGCCAAAGCUCCCCAAAAUCGACCUCACCGAUUUGGCUGAUCCAGCCAACGGCCAGUCCUGUCUGGGCGAAGGGAGCUUCGGGAAAGUCUAUCUAAAGAGAUUGCGAAGUGCCAACAACAGCUACGUUGCUGUGAAGGAGGUGGCCCCUACCAGUGCGGCUCGCUCUGGUCUGCGAAUGGAGGCGACUCUUCAGGCUAGGGUCUGCCACAAGCCGUGGUUCCCCUAUGUUUUCGGGGUGAACCUGGAUGUGGCAGCGCCCAUUCUAGUGCAGGAGUUCAUCUCCUGUAAAGCAGGAUCUGUAAGCGCUGUGACUCUGCUGGCUGCCCUGAACGACCAGGCCUUGCUACUCCUCAAGACCUACCAGUUUGUGUGGAUUCUGGUAGAGGUGGCAAAGGGCCUGGCCUAUUUGCACGCCGCCAGAAUCCUACACAAUGACCUGAAGACUGACAAUGUGAUGGUUGGACGUGUCGGUAAGGAUGGCAUCAGGGCCAAAAUCAUUGAUUUUGGGUCUGCCUGUCUCCUUGACCGUCCAUCAUCCUUCACCAUGUCAGGGACCAUGUCGUCCCACAUUGCUCCAGAGGUGGCCAGAGGAGGGAAGACCAGCUGCUACUCUGACGUCUUCAGCUACGGAAAGCUGACCGAAGACGUCGAGAAGGCAGUGAGAACAGGACACCUCCAGACUAUCAUCACAGCCUGUGUGCACUGUCCACUAGCUGAGAACCGGCCCAGCAUGGACAAUGUAGUGAAGAUGCUGGAGACAGCAUGCCACCACUAGGGGGUGCAGACAACUACAUGGCGUAAUGUUAUAAGUUAUACCUUACCCUCCAACAACUCGACUUGUGAUGCAUACUUUCUCCAAAGGUUGCAGUCUAAGAUUGUCCGUCUUAGUGUAGUUUAUGGCCUGCCCCUGGGGUGGGUGCCCCUAGGAGCCCAUGACAUAGCUGUUUUGGUUGUUCUUUUGUUGUUCUUUUGUUAUAUAUUAUACCAUAUAUUUAUAUAGUAAUCUAUUCGUGUAUAUAUCAGCAUUUCUACACAGUCCAUUAUACGAGAGUACAUUGUUUUUGGGAGAUGGAGUAACAAUACAAUCAUGAGCAAGACAUGUUCGCUUGUAGGCUUUUACAUUUUGUAUAUCUAGCAUAUUUAACCCUCCAUCCUGGUUUACAUUUUGUAUAUCUAGCAUAUUUAACCCUCCAUCCUGGUACUAUAUAUAUAUCGCUUGUAGGCUUUUACAUUUUGUAUAUCUAGCAUAUUUAACCCUCCAUCCUGGUACUAUAUAUAUAUAUCGCUUGUAGGCUUUUACAUUUUGUAUAUCUAGCAUAUUUAACCCUCCAUCCUGGUUUACAUUUUGUAUAUCUAGCAUAUUUAACCCUCCAUCCUGGUACUAUAUAUAUAUAUCGCUUGUAGGCUUUUACAUUUUGUAUAUCUAGCAUAUUUAACCCUCCAUCCUGGUUUACAUUUUGUAUAUCUAGCAUAUUUAACCCUCCAUCCUGGUUUACAUUUUGUAUAUCUAGCAUAUUUAACCCUCCAUCCUGGUACUAUAUAUAUAUCGCUUGUUGUAAGGCUUUUACAUUUUGUAUAUCUAGCAUAUUUAACCCUCCAUCCUGGUUUACA